CAUUUUGUAUUAAUAAAAAAAAAACGGACGUAGGAACCUGUGUUUAUAGACCUUUUUUUCCGGAGGUUCGUGUAGUCCGUUACACAAGUCGAUGUGUGGAUUACGGUGGAUUACAGUGAUGCUGUGAAAUAUUGACACACCCAGUUUGUUUUUCUUGUCCAAUGGGGUGACAGUGGGGGUGGACCAAAAUGUUGAGUGACAUUCCUCGGGACGCCCUCCUCCGCCCUCUCACCCGGAAUGAGGUGGUGGGGAUGUUGGUGAGACUGACCAUCUUUGGAGCUGCAACAUAUUACAGCAUUAAAUGGGUGGUGGAGGCUUUUGACCCGACACAAAAACAAAAAAACCAGGCCAAGAAAAGGGCAGAGCAGUUGAUGAAGCAAAUAGGUGUAGAGGGCGUCAGUCUGACGGAGUAUGAAUUGAACAUUGCAACUCAUCUUGUCGAUCCACGCAGCAUCAAAGUGACCUGGAGAGAUGUUGCUGGACUAGAUGAGAUCAUCUCAGAGCUGCAAGACACUGUCAUCUUGCCUUUCCAGAAACGUCACCUCUUUUGUGGUUCCAAACUCUUGCAACCUCCCAAAGGUGUACUAUUGUAUGGGCCACCAGGAUGUGGAAAGACUUUAAUUGCAAAAGCAACAGCCAAAGCGUCUGGAUGCCGCUUUAUUAAUCUCCAGGCCUCCACUUUGACUGACAAGUGGUAUGGUGAAUCGCAGAAGCUGACUGCUGGUGUAUUCUCACUGGCAGUCAAAAUUCAGCCCUGUAUCAUUUUCAUUGAUGAAAUAGAUUCAUUCUUGAGGAAUCGUUCCAGUAUGGACCAUGAGGCCACCGCUAUGAUGAAAGCCCAGUUCAUGAGUCUCUGGGAUGGACUAGACACAAACCCAAGCAGCCAGGUGAUGGUGAUGGGGGCCACAAACAGACCACAGGAUGUGGAUGCAGCAAUACUACGCAGAAUGCCCACAACCUUUCAUGUAGGCCUGCCUAAUGCAGCUCAAAGAGAAGAAAUCCUUAGACUCAUUCUGUCUGGAGAAAAUUUAAGUAAUGCAAUUAACCUGAAGGAAAUAGCAGAUCAAACCCAGGGCUACUCCGGCAGUGAUCUGAAAGAGCUUUGCAGGGACGCUGCCAUGUACCGCGUUAGAGACUAUGUCCGCAAGCAGCAGAUGAAACAGAUCGCACAACAGCUCCAGCUGGAUGAAGAAGAGCAUGUGGACAGCAUGCAGCUGAGGCCCGUGACUCAACUGGACCUGCUGUUUGGCCUAGAUAAGAUGAGAGAGUCCAAACAGGCCACAGCUACAGCUGACCCAGCAAGUCUGAGAGAGGUGCCUCUGGACUGAAAACCUCAUACACUCAUUUCAUCCCUCUCACUUCUUUCUUUCUGCCUCAUUUUUUGCCUUUUUAAAUUAUUUUUCUUAGUCUUUCGCAUCUGUUACAUCUUAAACAUAUACGUUUGCACUGUAAUGAAAAAACAAUAACCUGGUGCAUAUUUAUAAUAACAGUUGCCAUUAAUAAUAUACACACUAAAUGGAGUUUCAUUAUUCUUGCACAUUUUAAAUGAUUUCUGUUAUGUUGUUCGCAUAUUGUGUAGAAGCAGAUGUCCACUUUUUUUUGGAUAUGAUGGAGAGGAAUAUGAACUUCGUUAUAUCUAUAAAUGUUUUAGUAAUCAGGACCAGGUUUCCUGAAACACUGAGCGUUGUCUAACUGUCUUAUUAGGGUGCAUGAGUAUUACUCUAAAGUUAAACUGAAUGGUGCAUGUGUGACUUUCGUGAACACCAGUUUGGUCAUGAUAAUAAUAAUUUGUGUCAGGAACAUGUCUGGGUCAUAUUCAACUCAAAAUCAAAAGAAAAAAGUGUUAUGCAUAAAGAAAAUGUAUUGGAUAGUAAAAGACGUUAAGCAUCUUUCAUAAAUUGAUGUUCAGAACAUAAAUAUGUCACUCAAAGUGUCAAAGUUUUUCCUGUUUGAUGAUACAGUACGUGUUAUAAGCCAGCUGAUGGGAGUAAGGAAAACAUUUCUGGGAGCUUAAUUAACAAUCCAUCAAACAUUGAGAAGAAAUAUCUUCGUUUAUUCAGAUUCAUGUUGUUGUUUUUAAUGUCAUCAUGGGUAUUUUCAAUGACUUGCCAAUUUGAUAUAUUUAACAUGUAAAUAUGCUGGUUUGGCAAAAUGUGCCUGCACUAACUGCAUUAUUCUGAAGAGAGUUUAAGGCUGCUCUGUUCUGGCUUGAAUGUUUUGUUCCACUUUGGUAAUCAGGUACUUGGUUGUUUAAUAAUGAUCAAUCUGGGAAAUGAGCUCAAAUCUACUGCUUGCAGUUUGUUGUUAAAAUCACCUUGUGUUAUUGCAUAAAAUCUUGGUCAUAAAGGAAUAGUUCACCCAAAAAUGAAAAUUUGAUGAAAAUAUAUACACCCCCAGGCCUUCAAGAAGUAGAUGAGUUUUUUUUCUUCCCUGUAACAAAUUUGGAGAAAUUUAGCAUCACAUCACUUGCUCGCUAAUGGACCAUCUGCAGUGAAUGGGUGCCAUCAAAAUGAGAGUCCAAAAAUAGCUGAUAAUAACAUCAGAAUAAUAAGAACUAUGAUAACUUGUGAAUUACUGUAAUGUUUUUAUUGGUGUUUGGACUCUCAUUCUGACGGCACCCAUUCACUUCAGAGAAUCCACUGGUCAGCAAGUGAUAUAAAACUCAUCUACAUCUUGGAUGGCCUGAAUAAGUUAAGCAAAUGUUUAUUUUGGGGUGAACUAUUUCUUUAAUGUAGGUAUAGUUUUACUGAAAAUACUGUUUCCCUGUUAAAUUCCAUAAUCUUUCCCUGAUUAAAUAUCUAUGGGCAAGAAAGCAGUCAUUCACUUAGUAAAACACCCCAAACACCAGUAACUCACCCCAGCGUGACAGUGUUACAUGAAGUGGUUUCCCAAAUCAUAAUAAAUCCAUCUGAAAUGUAUUAAA